UGUGUUUCCUGUAUAAUUUAUGUGAUUGACCUGAAUCCAUCUCUAGUCAUCUUCAUUGAGGAGAUCCUGACCAAAUGGAGAGGAAAUUAUGACAAACUGGAGCACAAUCACACCUACAUACAGUGGCUUUUCCCUCUGAGGGAGCAAGGGCUCAACCUCUAUGCUCAAGAACUCACUCAGGAGGAGAUCAAGGAAUUCCUAAGCACUCGGGAGGCCAAGCGGCGAUUCUUGCUGGCAUACACACUCAUGCUGGACUUUUACGGAAUCAAACUCCUGGAUAAGAUUGGGAAUGUCACCCGAGCUUCCAACUGGCAAGAACGCUUCCAGCACCUCAAUGAGUCACAGCACAUCCUGCGGAUCACGGCGGAUUCUCAAGUCCUGGGUGAGCUUGGCUUCGAGGCUUUCAAAAAGCCCCCCUGGUGGCGUCUGCUGCUGGACGAGGCUUCUGUGGUCCGAGGCACCCCUGCCCUAACAUGCGUGCCAGAUCCCUGGAGGUACUACGUCUAA